UAUGAAUCCCAUAGCUAUGGCCAGGGCACGAGGUCCUGCCCCAAAUUCAGGACCAACAAUACAAGACUACUUGAACAGGCCAAGACCAACAUGGGAAGAAGUGAAAGAGCAACUAGAAAAGAAAAAGAAAGGAUCCAGGGCUUUGGCUGAGUUUGAAGAAAAGAUGAAUGAGAAUUGGAGGAAAGAACUGGAAAAACACAGGGAGAAAUUACUGGGUGGAAAUGAGAGUUCCUCCAAAAAAAAAGAGAAAAAGAAAAAGGAAAAGAAGAAGUCUAAUAGGUUGUCUUCAUCUUCCUCUUCUUCAUCAAGCUCUGAUUCUUCCAGCAGUUCAUCUGAUUCAGAAGAUGAGGAUAAAAAGCAAGGGAAGAAAAGAAGGAAGAAGAAGUAUCGCUCCUCCCGGAAAUCUUCAGCAAGCACAACUUCAGAAUCUGAGUCAGACAGCAAGGAUAGCACAAAAAAGAAGAGGUCAAAGGAAGACUGUGAAAAAGAAAAGGAAGGUAAAAAUCACCACAGGAAAAGGAAGAAGGCAGAUCGUGGUGAUGGACCGUUAUCGUCAGAAUCUGUAUCUGAAUCAGAUCAGACAGAGGAGGUGCAAGCAAAAAAGAAGAAAAGCAAUGAGGAAAAAGAGAAAACAGAUAAAACAAAAAAGAGAAAGAAGCACAAGAAACAUGGUAAAAAGAAGAAAAAGAAGACUGCUGGUUCAAAUUCAGAUUCAGAAUAAUUUAAAACAACCUGAGACUAUCAACAGAAGUGCAAUGACUAAAGGAAACUUAAACUGUGAAAUGACAGCAAACUUUACCAAACUGCAUGAGUUUUCCUGUGUUUUAGAAAUACUCCUAAUCUUUCAGUAGCCAGCCAGAUGCAGCUGUGCUGGGAAAGACCAUUGUUAUUGCCUGCUGCUUAAUACAUGAGGUACAACUUUUAUAAAAUUCCAGUAAGCAGUGUUAGAUGUUUGAGACAAUAUCAGAUGGUAGGCCAGCUGAGGUGUAAAAUAUUGAAAAAUAAGAGUUAAACUUCUUAGAUAGUAAAAAUAGUAUUUUAAAGCAUUAGUAAUAGUCUUUAUUUGUAAAUCAGGACAAAUUAAAUCCCAAGUUCAUCCUGCAGGUUAAUAUUAUGCAUAAACUACUACAAGCUGGUGUCUGCUAAUGGAAAAUUAAUGAUAACAUUUAAAAGGCUGCCUUUGUAGAAAUGUGUAUUAUCUGCCCCAUUACUGUCUCCAUGCUUAUGAGAAAGGGAAUGCUACCAUUUUGGCUACCUGAAUAGGGUGCCUUUGCCUUUGAUUCUUGCAAAUCUCUGCUAGUUUUAAUCCAUGCAUCUCUGCAUUCCUGGGAAGCUAGAGCUAUUGCCAGCAGACUUUUCUGAAUGAGCAGUUUUGAGCUUCCAAGCAUGUGCUUCUGCAUUAAGCAAGAGCAAUGACAUUUUGCAGUAUAACUGACAGUCAAAACCUGAAAUUUUACCUCUGCUUUUUUGAAAUAGCGAUAGACCUUUGCUAGUAAAUAUGCGUAUUUCAUUUAAUGUAAUUUUGGUUUAAUUGAAAACUUUUUGCAAACACUGGUAGCUUUCUUUGAAUUAUCUUUAUAAUUGUUUUGCAUGAUUUGUACCAUUUUUAAAUUAACAAAUGCAGGUAAUCAUUUGUUGUAACCAGUUCUAUGAAUUACAUUUCACAUGCAGAUUUUCAUGUAUGUAUUUAGUUAUAGUCAAGUUCAUUGCUGUGUUUAAGUGCACACUUGCUGAAGUUAUUUAGCAUGUAAAAAGCAGGGUUUUGAUACCUUAACAGCUUCAUAUUGAAGCUGAUUUUACUCUGAGCAAGUUCAGUGGCAGAUCUAUGUGAUGUGUCUUGUUAGAUAAAAAAACUGCUGCCAGAAUCUCAUAAAAGAUACUGUUUAAACAGUUUGUAUUUAUAUUUUUGUACUUGAGGGCUACAGAAUGUUGACCUAAGUCAUAAAGCUGUUUUACUUUAGUUUAGUUGCUUUAGAUAACUGAAAAAAAGCUUUUUUAAAAUUAAACGUGCCCACAAGAAAACACGAGCAAUCAUUUGAUUUUACAUUAAAUUUGAGUUUACAUUAAAUUCUCACUUCAUCUUCAAUUGAAAUUCUGAUUGCUGGGCCUUCUGUUAGCGUUUAACAAAUGCCCAUCCAUCCCAGGUAGUCAAAUACAGAUUGUAUUUUUGAUCUACCCCUUUUUUCCAUUGCACAGGUGCUAACUUAGAACUUACCUCUAUUGCAUACAGAUGUUUCAAGUGUUGUGUUCCAGAUAAUUUCAGGACUUUUAAGACAUUGGUUAUUAGUCUGCAAACCAUAACUAAAAUCUGUGGGAGAAAGAUAAUUUCAUAUUGUCAUUGUACAGAGAAGUUGUCUUCAAGUUCUUGGGAAAAUACAACAAUUGAGUUGCAGCAAUGUGCAUCUAAACAAUAGUAAUAUUUUCAUCAACUAUUUUAUACUCUUGGACUUGAUGUUACCAAUUCUAGACACUCUUGUCAGUGAGGUUAAAAUAAAGGUGACAUGCAGUGAACAGAGGGGUUUGAUUUGGGGUUUGUGUUUAGUUUUGUUGGGGUUGUUUUCUUUUUAAGUUGCGGUGUUGCAGUUUUGGUAAAAGAACGUGUAAUGAACCAUAGUAUAAAAUGCUCUGUCCUGUGUGAUACCUUAUCUGACUUUUACACAACCACCUGCCACAGAAAGAAAUAAAAAUGGAAAUGAGACCCAGUCUUCCAAAUA